AUUUAAUGAAGUGAAGAAGAAGAAGAGAUUCACAGAAAGUGUAGUUAGUGUUUUCCCUCGCCAUCUUCAAUCUUGAAUCAUGGCAACCACCCACCAACCUCUUCUUCUAGACACUCCCAAGAAAAGCCCUACUUUCUCUUGUAAAGCCAUGUUGCUCUUCCUCUGUUUAGUUACUAUCAUCUGCCCAUCUGCUUUGGUAGUUUUCCAUGUGAUCAACAAUAGUACCGUACCCCAUCUCUCUUUCCCUUCUCAAUUAUGUGUUCGGGUCCAAGACCCAUCUUCUUGCCUCCAGAUCUUCUUGAACAACUGUGUCUCUCGCAUAGUUGUCGCCAUCGAUGCCGCCAAUCACAUAAGCCGCCGGAUCAAUGAUGCCCGUCAACAGGCAGCUCUGGCUGACUGUGUGGAGCUGAUGGACCUCUCCAUCCACCGUGUGAAGGACUCCGCCGUUGCUAUCGGCGGUGGUUCAACUAAGUCGUCACUCGCCGACGCCCAUGCAUGGCUAAGCAGUGUACUCACAAACCAUGAGACCUGCUUGGAUGGGCUAAACGGUGGGCCGGCCCAAUCAUCUAUGGAGGCCCAUCUCCAGGACUUGAUAGCUCGGGCAAGAACCUCUUUAGCUAUGUUCACUGCGAUGUUACCAUCCGAUGAAGAAGCCUUCCGGUCAUUACAGGGAGGAUUCCCAUCGUGGGUCACUAGAAAGGACCGUAAGCUUCUGAACUCUCUUCCAAAAAGCAUCACCGCCAAUGUUGUGGUAGCCAGCGAUGGAAGCGGGAAGUACAAGACGGUACAGGAAGCGGUGGCAGCGGCACCCAACAAUGGGAACACCAGGUACGUGAUCUAUGUGAAGAAAGGGACUUACAAGGAGAAUGUUCAGGUUGGGAAGACAAAGAAGAACUUGAUGUUCGUUGGUGAUGGCAUGGAUUCUACCAUCAUUACAGGCAGCCUCAAUGUUGCUGAUGGAUCCACAACCUUCAACUCUGCUACAGUUGCUGUUGUUGCUGAUGGGUUCAUAGCACAAGACAUUUGGUUCCAGAACACGGCCGGACCGCAAAAGUACCAAGCAGUGGCACUCCGUGUCGGUGCGGAUCAAUCCGUCAUAAACCGGUGCCGCAUAGAUGCAUACCAAGACACCCUCUACACGUUGUCCCUCCGUCAGUUUUACAGGGAUUGUUACAUCUCCGGCACUGUCGAUUUCAUCUUUGGAAAUGCAGCUGUAGUGUUCCAGAACUGUCAAAUUGUUGCUAGGAAACCCUUGAGCGGCCAACAAAACACAGUGACAGCCCACGGCCGAACCGACCCGAACCAGAACACGGGGAUUUCGAUCCAGAAUUGCCAGAUCAUACCUAGCUCUGAUCUUGCACCCUUGGAGAGCUCAUUUCCUUCAUAUCUUGGACGUCCAUGGAAGGAGUACUCUAGGACUGUUGUGAUGGAAUCAUACAUUGCUGGACACAUUGAUCCCCUAGGAUGGUUGCCAUGGAAUGGGACUUUUGCAUUGAACACACUGUAUUAUGGGGAGUAUUCGAAUAGUGGACCGGGUGCAGGUACUAGCAAGCGAGUAACCUGGCCUGGUUAUCAUGUCAUCACCAGCUCGACAGAAGCCGGGAAAUUCACAGUGGCAGCGUUGAUACAAGGCGGCGCAUGGUUGAAAUCAACUGGAGUUUCUUAUACUGAAGGUCUCUGAUGUUAUAGAAU